UUCUUCGUCUAUAUAAAUCCCUCGCCUACAACAGCCCCUGUGUUCCCGACAAACGCUUGAUUCUCUCGCGAUUUCCCUCUCUUUCUCGUUCUCCAAACGCCCCGCAACAGAAUCGCCGCUAUAACCGGAAGACGAAUCAACAGAUGCAGGAAGAAGGCCCAGUACUAGCUCUCUGCCCAAGCUUCAACAACUACUCUUCCCACAAGAUGGCGGAGGUCGCCGCCAAAGUUCCCGAAGAGCUCAACUUAGAUUCCAAACUGGCCGAAGAAGACGAUGAAAAGCUUGACGUCGAUGAAGACUUCGAGUUUUCUCUAGUUCGUUGCGGUUCUGAUGCUGGCUCCGAUGCCGCCUUUACUGUAUCUGCCGAGGACAUGUUCUACGGCGGUCAGAUUCGUCCCAUUUUCCCUGUUUUUAAUCGCGAUUUGCUAUUGGACGAAGGUCGAGGACUCGAAUCUCCGACCUGCGAGGUCCCGUCGAUUCGAAUUCCUCUGAAGAAACUGUUCUUCGAGGAUCAGGAUCCUCCGUCUUCGUCGUCGUCGGAGGCGGACGCGCUGGAAAGAGUUCCGCCGGGGAUGUACUGCGUCUGGACGCCGAAAGCGGCGGAGGGGUCUCCUGGGAGGUGUAAGAAGAGCAAGUCCACUGGAUCGUCCGGGAGGAGGUGGAGAUUGCGCGAUUUGCUUGGCCGGAGCAAUAGCGAUGGGAAACAUUCCUUCGUGUUCUUAACUCCGACUCCUACUUCCGCCGGCGGCAAAAAUAAAGAGAAAAGUGAGAAGACGGAGAAAGCUGCGAAUUUAAAACAACGCCGCAGCUCAGGCGAGUUCUUGGCCGGAAAAGCUAAAGCGAAGAUGCCGAACGGACAUCGUAAUGAGAAGUUGAUAUCAGCUCACGAAAUUUUCUACGUGAAGAAUCGAGCGUUGAAGGAAGGAGAGAAGAGGCGGUCGUAUCUGCCGUACAAGCAGGAUCUGAUUGGGUUCUUCGCCAAGGUCAACGGAUUCAGCAGGAACUCUCCGGCCUAUCCUCCAUGCUGACAUGCCUAAGGUCUCAAUCUCUCUCCAGGAUUUUGCAGACAAAACAAUUCUUAAUAUAAAAUUUAUCAAUGUAAAUUAAUUAACAGGCGAUGCAAUCGCAAUUCGCAGAUCCAGCGAAUUUUCCUAAUUCGAGUGUGCCUUAAAUUAGAGUGAAUUUGAGUUUGCCUUAUAGUUUCCCUUUUUUUUUUUUUAGUGAGGAGGGAUGAUUGUAAAUUUUGGUUCUGCAAAUAAAUAAUAUAAUUUAAUUUAAUUGUUCUCAA